AGUCAGAGCGUGGCGCUCUGAGUGACAGGUCGCUGGGCUGGGCUGGGUAUAAACUGCUCCCACUCGGCAGAUGCAACACAUCUGGUCAACGCAAGAAGGUGAGAGCCUGUCUAGUGCUGGAGACAUCCUUCAUCAUGGCGACUCCAUCCAAGAUCGAAGUGGCAAUGCAGAACCUGUUGGAUGUUUUCUAUCAAUACACCAAGGGCGACAAGUGCACUCUGACCAAGUGGCAGAUGAAACAGCUGGUGGACACUGAACUUAGCCAACUCACCAAGAAUACGAAAAACGUUGCCUAUUUUGACAAGCUGAUGAAAGAGUUGGAUUUUGAUGGUGACGGAGAAGUGAAUUUUGAGGAGUUUUUAUCAUUUAUUUCAGGAAUCAUGUUCUCUUGUAAUGAAAUAUAUAUGCAGAAGCGGCAACAAAUGGCAAAGGACUGUAAAAAGUAACUUGCAAUAUCAACUGUAUCAUGGGCACAUACUGGAAACUCCAGUAACCAAACUGUAUUUUUUUUUUAAUCCAAAUAAUAAAAUGAUUAUGACUGCUUCUCAGUAAGAA